AUGCUUUUUACAUUCGAGAUUUCAAAUAUAAGUACUGGCAUUUCGACUGACCAUGUCAAACCUAUACCAUUUCAACCCAACAAUUACAAUCUUCCACGAUACAACAAUUUCAGAGCCAAGCAACCAACGCUUAACACCAAUAUGUCUGACUACAAGCCCACAGAGCACGACGGUCUCCGUCAAGAUGGCCAGCCUGACAAGCGCGUUGGAACAGGCCAGUUUGCCGGCGGCAAAGUUGACCCCGUUGAAGCUGGCAAAGCGGGCGGCCACUCUUCUGGUGGUACCGGCGACAGCAGCGAUUCCACCACGUCUUCCGGUGCUGGAGGUGGUGGCAAGGGCCAGUUCGCCGGCGGGAAGGUGGAUCCCGUUGAAGCAGGGAGGAAAGGUGGAAAAUCGUAG